AUGCACCAGAAGAACAACCAAGCAGCUCAAUCAUCCUCAGCGACGUUUCACCAUGACGGAGACGAAGACGACGACAAUACAAUGGACCCCUUUAGAGAUGGCGAUGAUGACAUUGACGACGAUGACGACCUAGAUGUAGACGACGUACAAGACGGCGGGCGUGGAUCAUGGUGGAGAAGCAUGGUUGGCAGGAAGAGCAGCGCUGAAAACGGUGACUCUGACGAAGCUGAUGAGGAUGAAGAUGAAUUUGGAGACUUUGCCAUGGCGGAAGACGACAAGGGCGGUGACUCGAAUAGGGAGCAGUUGGUUCUCAGACCCCUGGCAGUAAACCCAGCCAAGGAGAGCAGCAGAGGUCUCAGCGGCCUAUGGCCAUUUGGUUCCAGAAACGACAGCAAGUCAAAACGCGAGGAAGACGCCCAAGACGCCCAAGACGAGGUUGUGGUAUCCGGGGAUGGGAAGCAGGCUGAGGAUCAUAAAGCCAUUGAAGUCAAGGAGGCAGCAAGCAGGACUAGCAUUGAAGAACCGGACGAGGAAGAAGUUGUCAUUGGUAAAUGA